AAAAGAAAUUGCAGGAAUUGAUGCAGCAGUCCCCUCUGCUCAUGUCACUUCUCACCACCGCGCAUUUCUCGUGAAACGACAUAUAAUGCAAAAACUAUUUAUAUAUUAGAAAAAAGAAAAAAAGAAAAAUAUUUUCUUCUUCUUCUUCUUUCUCUCUCUUUCUGGGCCUGCCUUGCUCUGUUUGAGUGUGUUGGGGGGUGAGAGCAGAGCAAGACCACCUGGUCCGUGAAAACCUGACCAAAGAGAGAAACCCCAGAGAGGAUUUUACGUUGUUGGCACUGCUCUGUUCCUCUCCUCUCCGGAGUGUGUUUAGUACACUUCCUCUCUCCCUUCUCUAUCCACCCCCUUCUACCGUCGCUUUCACUUGCCCGACUUGGUCUCUCCCAUUUCCUGUCCCGCAUCUUUGCAACUCCAUUUCCUUUCUUUCAUGGAAGCGUAGCUCUUUUCACGUUCAUUCACACGUCCCAUGCUCCCCUGACUCAGCCGUUUCGUUCGCUUCCUCUUGUAUUUGGCGCUGUCAUUCACUGCCUGCCGCCUGCCAUCACCGAUUUGAUGUGAUUUGAUAUGAUUUGAUAGGACGGAAGAAAUCUUUCCUGGUUGGUUUUCCCUCUGAAGGGACCUGUCCUGUCUUCCGCAAAUGCCCGCAUUCCACAGAAGCUUCCAAGUUAGCUUUCUUCCUCGGCGCUUUUCCUCUGUCUCAGGGAGAGACAGUGAAGUGCCAUUUCCGUGAAGCUUCCCGGCUCAUAUUAUUUGAAGGGUCGAUGGGAGCUGGGCAGCAGCAAGAUUAGAAGGAUUUGCGGGAGGGUUUUUUCUUCCAUGGGCUUCUGAGCGAUCUGGGGCGAGAAAAAUCCAUUCUUGCUGCUUCAAUAAUGGUUUCCUCCAUGUUCCUUCAUCUAUUUAUAGCAGCAGUAGCAGGGGUUAUGAUUCUGUUGGAGUUCGAGCUCGUUAAUGGCGUUCAACCUCAGCUGAACAACCGGACGAGGGCCACAUUGAUGGCCAUCAGCGAGGAGCUGGGGGUUUCAGGUUGGGGAGCCAACAACUCCGACUUCUGCUCCUGGCCUGGGAUCACCUGCGACGGGGAGACCGGUAACUCGACCGUCGAAAAGCUCAACCUCUCCCACCGCUCCCUCCGAGGUAACCUCACUUUCGUAGCACAACUCGAGUCCCUUAAGAGCCUCGACCUCUCGAGCAACAGUUUCCACGGCCCAAUCCCUCCGGAGCUCGGGAACUUGUCCAGGAUCGAGUUCCUCGAUCUCUCGUUCAAUAAGUUUGGCGGGUUCAUUCCUAGGGAGCUCGGUGGCCUCCGGAACCUCAGGUCGCUGAACCUCUCGAGCAACCAGCUCAUAGGAGAAAUUCCGGAUGAGCUCCGGAGCCUUAAGAAGCUGGAAGAGUUCCAAGUUUCUACCAAUAUUUUGAGCGGUUCAGUCCCAUCAUGGGUUGGGAAUUUGAGUAGUUUGCGGGUUUUCACGGCUUAUGAGAAUGUGUUGGAUGGUAGAAUUCCGGAUAAUUUAGGCUCCGUUUCUGAGCUUGAGAUGCUCAACCUUCACUCGAACCAGCUCGAAGGGCCGAUUCCUGCGAGCAUAUUUGCUUCGGGGAAGUUAGUAGUUCUCAUCCUGACCCAAAAUAAGCUAACGGGGGAGAUUCCUGUAGAGAUUGGGAACUGCACGAGUCUGUCGAGCAUCCGUAUCGGGAACAAUGGGCUCAUUGGGACUGUUCCGAUGACAAUUGGGAAUGCCAGCAGCCUCACAUAUUUUGAGGCAGACAAUAACAACCUCUCCGGCGAGCUUGUUUCCGAUUUUGCUCGGUGCCCCAAUCUGACCCUGCUAAACUUGGCCUCGAAUGGGUUUACUGGGACCAUUCCUCCGGAGUUCGGGAGUCUCAUGAACUUGCAGGAGCUGAUUCUUUCCAGUAACAAUCUAUUCGGAGACAUUCCCCUGUCGAUUAUAAGGUGCAAGAAUCUCAACAAGCUGGAUUUGAGCAAUAACCGCUUUAACGGUACCAUGCCUAAAGAAAUUUGCAACAUGUCGAGGCUCCAGUUCCUACUCGUGGGUCAGAAUUCCAUAAAAGGAGAGAUCCCUCAUGAGAUUGGAAACUGUGUGAAGCUACUUGAACUGCAGAUGGGCAGCAAUUAUCUGACCGGAAAUAUUCCCUCCGAGAUCAGUCACCUCAAGAACUUACAGAUAUCUUUAAAUUUGAGCUUCAAUCAUCUUCACGGGCCCCUUCCUCCUGAUCUCGGAAGACUUGACAAGCUCGUCUCCCUAGACGUCUCCAAUAAUCAGCUCUCUGGCAAUAUCCCUGCUGAGUUCAAGGGAAUGUUAAGCUUGAUCGAGGUUAACUUCUCGAACAACCUCCUCAUGGGUCCAGUCCCAAGUUUCGGACCUUUCCAGAAGAGUCCUAACUCAAGCUUUUCAGGCAACAAAGGUCUUUGUGGAGAACCACUCCUCGCUUCCUGCGGACGCUCCUUAGGAAAUGAUCGCGAGGAUUACCAUCACAGGGUCUCAUACAGAAUCAUACUAGCAGUUAUUGGAUCGGGCUUGGCAGUUUUUGCUUCAGUAACUAUAGUCGUCCUUCUGUUCAUGAUGAGGGAGAGGCAAGAAAAGGUGGCAAAGUCUAAAUCUGCAGAGCCCACUGAGGAGGAAGAGACCAAUACCCGACCCGCAAUCGAGGCAGGAAAUGUCUUCAUCGAUAAUCUCAAGCAAGCCAUAGAACUCGAUGCGGUAGUUAAGGCCACUCUGAAGGAUUCAAAUAAGCUCAUGACUGGAACCUUCAGCUCAGUUUACAAGGCUAUGAUGCCGUCAGGAUUGAUUCUCUUGGUGAAGAAACUGAAGUCCAUGGACCGAACUAUAGUCCACCACCAGAGCAAGAUGAUUCGGGAGCUUGAGAGGCUCAGUAGACUCUCACAUGAGAACCUUAUGCAGCCCAUCGGCUUUGUAAUCUACGAGGAUGUUGCUCUUCUGCUUCACCACUAUUUGCCCAAUGGGACAUUAGCUCAGCUCCUGCAUGAGUCCAGCAAGGAAGCCGAGUAUGAACCCGACUGGCCUAGGAGACUGUCCAUUGCCAUCGGAGUGGCUGAGGGUCUGGCUUUUCUCCACCACGUUGCAGUCAUCCAUUUGGACAUUUCUUCAGCAAAUGUUUUUUUAGAUUCGAAUUUUAAGCCUCUGCUCGGGGAGAUUGAGAUCUCAAAGCUUCUUGACCCUUCUCGGGGAACCGCGAGCAUCAGUGCAGUUGCUGGCUCUUUUGGCUAUAUACCCCCAGAGUACGCCUACACAAUGCUAGUCACGGCACCCGGGAAUGUGUACAGCUACGGAGUCAUCCUGCUUGAGAUCCUCACGACAAGACUCCCGGUCGACGAAGGGUUUGGGGAAGGCGUGGACUUGGUGAAGUGGGUCCAUGCUGCUCCCACGAGAGGGGAGACGCCAGAACAGAUCCUCGAUGCCAAGCUCAGCACAGUGAGCUUCACUUGGAGGAGAGAGAUGCUUGCUGCUCUCAAAGUCGCGCUGCUUUGCACGGACAGUGUCCCGGCUAAGCGGCCGAAGAUGAAGAAAGUGGUGGAGAUGCUUCAAGAAAUCAGCCAGACCUGAGCAGUCGACUCAGGGAUCAGAAUCCGGCUGUCUCAAUCUUCUUAGCCUUGGUGAUCUGAAUACACGGAAAGUUCGACACACCGAAGGCCGCCGGGAAUUUGACCUCAUCAUUGAUCAACCUGUGUUUUAUGGAAAUGUUUAUGAGCAAAACGCUUUCAACAUCUCUAUAGGACUGACGGAAAAAUAUCUUGUUGGGUCCAUGGCAGAAUGAAAUGAUUCCUUAAUUUUGGGAGAAUGAUCUGUACUUCAAGCUUCUGUUAUGUCUAAUGCUGAAGCUGCAAUAGCAAUUUCUCGGC